AUGCCUGAGUGUAAAAUACCCAUCUAUACAGCGUCUAUACAUAUGCACGUGUCAUCAUUCAAUUCCUUCUUCUUCUUCUCCUUCUUCUUCUUCUUCCUUCUCCUCCUCCUUCCUCUGAGCCCUUUCUAUUGUGUACAGGCGAUGCGAGAUGCAACCAAGUGUGUAGUUUGGUGUGUGUACCAUCCUUUUCAUCUUGGUUUUAUUAUUAUUACUAUUAUUAUUACUACUACUACGAGUAUUGCUGCUGAUGUCACUGCUGCUACCGCUGCUGUGGAGACGGCGACAAUUUUCAUUGGUCUGCCUGUGCCCAGAGGUACGUGCUUUGAUCCUGAAUUUGGCAAACUGACGACAAGUCUUGACGCAACGAGGUGGUGGUUGACUCACCCAGGGGUUGGCCAACGUGAAUGCUCAACGUUUAUACCUCUUGAAGAGGAGUGUGGAACCGGGAUUGACAUCAAGUAA